GUAGUCUCGUUAAACAUGAAGUUCCACCCUUUGAUAAACACACGAAGAAGAACUGCCUCCGUUCCGCUCGAUGACGUCAGUGAUCGACGCAGCGGGUCUGAGUUGUUCGUUAUGGCCGGUGUUCAGGCUGCAGAGCCGACUCAAGUUGAUGUUUCUAAAAGCAGCAGCGGUCAGGCUGAAGGAUAUGACAAAAAGUGUAUUUUCUGCAAAAUUGUAAACAAUGAGAUGGGAACGGAACUUCUUCAUAGCGAUGAAGAGAUUUCAUGUUUCAGAGAUAUAAAACCUGGAGCUCCACAUCAUUUUCUGGUUGUUCCAACGAAACAUGUUGGGAAUUGUAAAUCACUCAGCAAAGAUCAUUUGCCUUUGGUGAAGCGAAUGAUCGAAGUGGGGAAGGAGAUGCUCCGAAAAAACAAUGUAACAGAUGUCACUGAUGUCAGGUUUGGUUUCCAUUGGCCUCCGUUCUGCUCUGUCACACACUUGCACCUUCAUGUUCUGGCUCCUGCCAGUCAAAUGGGCUUCUUGUCCCGCCUCUUCUACAGACUCAACUCUUAUUGGUUUAUCACAGCGGACCAGCUGAUUGAGUAUCUCAACUCGAAAGGAGACAACUGAUCAGGUGCCAGCCUGUUUGUCCAUCGUUCAGAUGACCUGUUGGAAGAUGUGGACAUUUGUGUCUGUUCUGCCACAGCUAUGGACAGUAUUUAGCCAUAUAUCAGUAAAGGAAGGUGAUAAAUUUUUAUUAUAAAACAAUUUUCAAACUCAAAGCCAAGUAAAGUUUAAAUGAAGACAAGUUAAGUUUAAAAUGUGUCACUCAAAGCCCUAAAAACACUGAAGUGUCACAUAAUUUUACAAAGUAAAUUAAAGCUUAACCUGCUUUGUUUAAAUAUGGACCAAGGAGUAAUUUAUGUUGUUCUUAUUAAUAAUUUCUACCAAAACCCAAAAGAUGGGUUUAUUAAAGUACUUGUUGUACUCAGAUAAUCUUUAUCGACAUGAAGGCUUUUUGAUUUCCUGUCAUGUAUGAUCGCUUUCAUUUAGAAACUGCAGGUUCUGCAUGUGACACUAGAAAAUAUCAAACCAGGAGAAGUAUGUAUGGCUUCAAUCUGACAUAACAAGUAUGUUCAUGUAUUCAUAAAAUAUUGCAGAUUGGCUAAUUUUUUCAGUUUAGCUGAGAUGGAUUAAAGCAUGAAGUACUGAAUGUAUUGAAGUAUUCAUAAGCUUAUUUAAACUGUACUGCACUGAGUAAUCCUCUGUACUACACAACAAUAACUCAGCACUGCAAUAAAGUUAUUAAUGGGCAUUACAUGGUUGGUCAUGUUAGAAUAAAGUUUUGACUUCAUAUAAAAGAUGGAUAUAAUUGUGAUGUAACAUGUUGCUUUGAAUACCACACUUUCUUAAUUCACUUACCUAAUUUCCCUCUGGGAUCAAUAAAGUUUGUUUUUUUUUAUUCUAAAUAUCGAGUUUUUAAACAUAUUUUU